AUGGUUUUGGAUUUCUUUUCUUUUGUAGGAAAUGGGGAAAAACGAGCCAUCCAUUGGUGGCAAACCUAUAAGGCGCCAAAAGUACCUAAUGAGAUUAAGCGUGAAGCCGCAACUGCUAAGAAGAAAGGUCCAACUAUCACACCGGUGACUCAAACUGAUGACAAUGGGGUUAGAUCAAAACUAUGUUACUUAAAUUGCAAUUCAUAUAAGAUCGAGAUAUGUUGGGCCAUCGCAUUGACACGUCUUCUGCAAGUCAUUUACAAUAUAACUCAAGAGUACAUAGCUGGCCGCCUAAGAUUCGAUCAUGAUGACCUCGUCGUGCAUUUGAAGAUGAAAAAAACUCGAGGCAAACGACCGGGGUCGAUGAAACUUAAGAACCUUAAAGAUGCUAUUAAUCACAUAGCAGUUAAGGGGUUGCUAAAAAAAAGAGAAUCGAAGUCGAAGGCUGGGAGCGAUAUUGGACAUCAUACCAAGUGGAACUUUUCCAUGGAGAAAUGUCCUUCAAAGGAUUUCAUCAAGUCCAAAGUUGAUAUCUCUCCGGUUGCCAUAGCGUUUGAUAUAACUCACAAUUUCCAGUUCAUUGGCAAUAGUAUCUACAAUGUAAGCGGCGUAGACAUGGAAGAUGGCGAUGCAGGGGGACACGUAGUUCUCAUUGUCGGCUAUGGCUACACCAAAGAAAAUAAACUAUUCUUCUUGAUUCAGAAUAGUUGGGGAGAGGAUUGGGGCGUGAAAGGUUUUGGGCGGAUCUUCAUAGAUGACGAGUCCAAGACCACACUUGUUUAUCCAGAUGGCCCCGUCUAACUUAAGCAGACCUGGUUACUUGAGAGAUUCGGUUCUUUUUUGUUUUUGUCUUCUUCCCUAACUGUUACUGGUAAUGGGAACCAAGUAUUUUCAUUUUAAA